AUGUCAACUUUUUCACCUGCAGGAACAUCAACUAACAGCAACAUUCCCGCUGGGAACUGGCAAGGCGAUCUACUUGUCAAAUUGUUAGUGAGAGAUAGACGAGAAAAAGCAUUUACUGAUUUUGUUGAGUCUUGGAAAUUCGCGGACAGGAAUGCUGAAUUGGAACAAUCAGAAAAGUCUGCAACAGAAAAGCAUUCAAAUUUAUCACGAGAGGUAGAGAUCUUAAGAGAACAAGGGAGUCCAUUAAAUCAAAAGAAAACUGCAGAGUUGGAACAGCAAAUACAAGCUCUCAAAGAAGAACGUACAGAAUUGUAUAAAACGCAAGGAAAGAAUGCUCAACGUUUAUUAGAUUUAAAUGAUAGUUUACGAGUACAUGAGGAAACGGAAAAGAGGAAUCAAGAGGAAGUUCAAAGAUUGACAGAUUCAAAUCAAGCGUUAACUGCCAAGGUGGAUCUUCAAGUUCAAGUUCUUCGUGAAAAAGAUAUUACAAUACAGUUGUUGCAAGAUGAGUUAGCAACAUUGCAAUUAGAAAUAGGGAAAAUUGACGAGCGUAUGAGAGACUUAGAAAGAGAAAAUGGUCAACUUUUACAACGUUGGUUGAGAAAGAUGAACGAAGAAGCCGAGAAAAUGAAUGAGGCAAAUCAAUUUUAUGAGAGUGCUUUGGAGGUUCAUGCUAAAGCUUUAGAAUUUCAAAGCGGGGUGGUCAUUGUUGACAAAGAAUUUACUCCGAUGAAUAAUGUACCAAAAUCCAUCACAUUUCCGGAAGCUGGCACUGGUGCUAUAAGAACACGAGGAAAAAACUAUGGUCCCGUGAUAAUACCGACAACUUUAACGAAAAAAUUUACACCACAUGAUGGCGAGAUACAUUCAAUUGUAUCAUCUUAUGAUGGAACUAUGUAUGCCACGGGCAGUGCUGACAAAACUAUUAAAAUUUUUGAUUCUACAACAGGUCAGGUGAAACAGACGCUAUCGGGGUCGAUACAAUCCGUCAUGCAUGUAUCUUUCAAUAAUACAAACGAAAUGGUCGCUGGCGCUUCAAAUGACAAUGCUGCAAGAUUAUGGCACUUAAAAACUGGUCGGAUAAGGCUCACUUUAACUGGUCAUGUCGGAAAAGUUUAUUCUGCUAGAUUCAAUGGAGAUUCUACUAAAGUGAUCACAGGCAGCCACGAUCGUACAGUUAAAGUGUGGGAUUUACAGAAAGGAUAUUGCAUUCGAACGAUCUUUUCAUUUUCCAGUUGCAACGAUGUAGUUCCUUUAGAUGAUUACGGUACGACACUUGUGAGUGGCCACUUGGAUAAUAAUUUACGUUUCUGGGAUGUACGAUCCGGAAAAGAUAUCAAGGAAUUGACUGGCAUUCAUUUGGGACAAAUUACUUCUGUUUCUGUUUCUCCAGAUGGUUCCAAAGUUUUAACUAAUUCUCGAGAUAACACACUCAAGAUAGUUGAUCUUAAAACUUACGAAGUUGAACAAACGUUACACGCUGAUGGAUAUAAAACUGGCGCCAAUUGGGCUCGAUCUUGCUUUAGUCCUGAUGGAAGAUAUGUGGCGGCAGGUUCAUUAGACGGGACAAUUUUCUACUGGAAUACCCAGAAAUCAAAGUUGGAGAAGACAACAAAAGAACAUAUUGCACCUAUAUGUGGUGUUUCUUGGAGUCCACAAGGUGGACAAUUAUUUAGUGCAGAUAAGGAUCGAACAGUAUGUAUGUGGGCAGGGUUAAGGUGA